AUGUUUAAAACCUGCAUCACAACGUCUUUACGCCGGGGGGUCCCUAUUGCCAGGAGAUUCGCCUCGACGAGUUCCCAUACAAGCACUUCUUGGAAAGCUGGUCUUGCUCCUAAAGUCGCCUUUGGAGCUAGUCUUGUUGCUGGUGCCAUCAUGUUUCCAAUAACGCAAGUCCAGAACGAUGUUUCUGAAAAAGCCAAAGAGCUCGUGAACGAGGCUGCUGAGCAGACUACUGCUGCCAAGGAGGAGAUCAAAGACGCUGUGAAAUCCUCUGGUGACAAGACUAGUGAUGAUAAAACUGCUUCUAGCAACGAACCAGAGGAGGGACAGGCUGCUUUUAACCCUGAAACCGGUGAAAUUAACUGGGACUGUCCCUGUCUUGGAGGUAUGGCGCACGGCCCUUGCGGAGAGGAGUUCAAGGAGGCCUUCUCGUGCUUUGUCUAUUCUGAGACAGAGCCCAAAGGUAUUGAUUGCAUAAAGAAGUUUGAGGCAAUGAGAACUUGUUUUAGACAGCACCCUGAGCACUACAAAGAGGAACUCUACGAUGAUGAGGAAGUUUCCAGUACAGACGAUGACAUUACAUCUGCUGGUGCUGCUGCUGGUGCCACCGAAAAAGUUACCAUUGAUGUGAUCCCAUCCGAAGGUCCUUCUCAUGCUUCUUCAGAUGAGCCAUCUGCUGCUCCCUCUGAUGACCACAACACAGCUCAUGUGAUUCCCUCAGAGGGUCCUUCGCUGGCCACCUCUGCUGAGCCUUCUGCUUUGCCAGCAGACCCCGAACAGUCAAAACUCUAA